AUGGAGGGUAAUAAUGAUCGUACUUUCGGUCCACUGCAGCAUUGGGAGCUGAACAAGGCCGAGAACUACCUGCACCGUGAAGCUCAGAGAACAGUCUUUGCCGAUGAAAUUACCAUUUUAACAAGGGACCGGGAAACAGAGAAUCCGGACAAGUGUUUACCAAGAAGCAGUUCGCUGUUCCGUCAGUGCACCUUUCUGGAUGAAGCCUAUGUUAUCAGGAUUCGGGGUAGAACACAAGCCUGUGCUUUCAUUACCCGCGACGCAGCUCAACCAAUCGUUCUUCCACGCGAUCAUCCAAUUACCACGCUCAUCCUCCUAGAUUUCCAUAAACGCUUCAAUCACCAAAACCACCAAACAACAAUUAAUGAAGUACGUCAACGCUACCACAUUCCGAAACUGAAAGUAGCCUAUAAAAAUGCCCGCAAGGGCUGUCAAAAGUGUAAAAAUGAUCAAGCUUCUGCACAACCUCCAAUUAUGAACGCCCUACCGAUGCAAAGCCUCGCAGCAUACACACAUUCAUGCCUGCUGGCGAUACGAAACAUAAUAGCACGAAGAGGAACACCAGCAGUUAUUUUCAGCGACCGUGGCACCAACUUCCAAGGCGCUAGUAAAGAGCUGAAAGCUGUUUUGCAGAACAUCAACCAGGACCAACUCGUCCGGGAGUUCAUGACACCGAAUACUGAGUGGACUUUUAUACCACCCGUCUCACCACAUAUGGGAGGAGCGUGGGAACGCCUGAUCCGAACUGUGAAAGCUAACUUAACCAAGUUGCAAUGGGGAAGGCUUCCCACCGACGAGGUUCUUAACAACACACUGUUAGAAAUCGAAAAUGUGGUGAAUUCAAGACCACUGACUGAAAUCUUUAUGGACAACGACGAAUCAUCUGUGUUGACACCGAACCAUUUCCUGCUCGGUUCGUCGAACGGCCUGAAACCAAGGGUACCAUAUAACGAUAAUCCGACCGUUCUCCGGAACAGCUACAAGCAAUCACAAAUUAUGGCUAACGAAUUCUGGAGAGGCUGGUUAAGAGACUAUCUUCCUGAAAUUACUCGACGCACCAAAUGGUUUGGUAAGGUCAAACCAAUCCAAGUUGACGAUGUGGUGAUCAUUGUGGACCCUAACUCUCCACGCAACAGUUUGCCACUAGGACGCGUAAUAGCCACCAGGUCUGCGGCAGAUGGUCAAGUCAGAAGUGCAACUGUUCAAACCACUCGAGGCAUUUAUGAGAGACCUGCCGUUGCUUUCUCGCCGUAUUGGACCAACAAGCAACCGCCAUCAAUCGCGCUAGGUAUCUACAUUACGGACUUCAGCUUCAGCCAUCAGAUCAGAGCCAACCACUUACAAGCGUCUAUCGCCGGGCAGGAUGCGACGAGGGUCUCUACGACAGCUGCGCGCGGUCGAACUCAAGUGGCCAACGCAGCCCGGCUGGAUGGGCGGGCGGUGUGUGCGUCGCUUGUUCUUGCUGGUCGCCACUCCAAGAGCCAGCCAAGCAGAUCCGAAAACAAUGCCGCUGAGAGGUUGAUGGAGGGAAAAACUCCAUUUCACUGCCUAAUUGAGUCCGGCCAGAGCGCCGAAGUGGUGGUAAGCGUUUGA